AUGAGUUACGGCGGUGAAACGUUGGACUUCCGAAACCUUAAGGUGAUAUCCGCUGUCGGACGUGGUGCAAAAGGCGUUGUGUUUCUUGGGAGAAUCUACGGAUCGUCGAAAGACGAAUGGUUGGCUUUGAAAGUGAUAUCGAAAGAGCUUCUUCAGAAGAAGAAUAGUAACAGAAUCGAUAAAUGCAAAAGGGUCACGUUUGAACAACAAAUACUACGUCGUUUUGAUCAUCCUCUUUUGCCACGGUUAAAAGGGGUUUUUGAAACGGAGAAGCUUAUUGGAUCUGCUAUGGAUUAUUGUCACGGUGGGAAUAUGCAUUAUCUUAAGAAGAAACAACCGGAGAAAAAAUUCUCUGAAGAAACCAUUAGGUUUUAUGCUGUGGAAUUGGUGUUAGCAUUGGAAUAUUUACACAAUCUAGGAGUAGUUUAUAGAGAUUUGAAGCUCGAAAACAUUAUGAUUCAACAAAGUGGUCACAUAAUGCUAGUAGAUUUCGACUUAUCAAAGAAACUAAAUCCAAAAUCACCAAACUCACUGAGUUGCAACUCGUCACCAGGUUCAACCUCGCCAGAUGUAAAAAACAGAAAGAUCAAAUGGUUGUCACGGUUUUAUUGUCACCGUCCUUCUGGUGGGGAACCGAAAUUUGACUCAGUGAGUCAAAUUGAUCCUAACUCGACGUGUAAAAGGAGCGAGUCAGACUCAGUUGAGAAAUCCAACUCUUUCGUGGGAACCGAGGAUUACGUGGCACCUGAAGUUAUAAAGGGGAAAGGUCACAACUUUGCUGUUGAUUGGUGGUCAUUCGGCGUCGUUUUGUAUGAAAUGCUUUACGGAACGACGCCGUUUAGUAGUCCUAAUAGAAAGGAAACUUUUCAAAAGAUUUUAACUAUGGAGCCUGAACUAGAGGGUGAAACGACGCCGUUGAAGGAUUUGAUUGUGAAGUUGCUUGAGAAAGAUCCUGACCUUAGGAUUCAGAUUGAUGAAAUAAAGGGUCACGAUUUCUUUAAAAGUGUGAAGUGGAACAAUGUGUUGGGAAUUGCUCGUCCACCGUAUAUUCCUCCUAAUGAAAUUGUGGACAAAGCUGGAUUUUCGAGAAAAGAAGUUGAAUCGUUUGUUCAUGGAAUAUUUUUUCCUAAAAUUAAAAAUGAUAAUAAUGGUGAAAAAGAGAAAAUUAAGGAAGAGAUUAAAAAAGAUGGAAAGGAGAAGGGUGAGAAAGAAGAUGACAAUGGUAAUAAGAUUGUCUGGGUUGAGAAAUUGAGCCAAAAUCAUACUAGAGAUGAUAAUUUUUUGUUUUUUUAA